CCAAGAAGGAGAAUCUCCAAUGCGAUUCUUUUGAAUCCCAUGCCAUUAAGUUAUAUUCUGUUGCUUCUGUCUGUUUUUCUUGUCGCCAUUUGCAUAAGGUUGAUAACAGUUAGUUGAAGUUAGCUUGUAGCUUAAAGUUAAAUAAGAAGCGAAAAACAGGCCAUUUCUGAAUCCCCUGAAAUCGUAAAUAAAAAGUUUUCAAAAUGUUCCCCAUGCGUCCUUAUCAGCCGCAGGCGGUUGCUUUGUUUCCGCUUCAUAGUUCCCUAAGCAUCGAAGAGUUCAAUAAUGUGAAGUGGGAGGAUGUAAGUGAUUGCAAUAACAACUGCAUUCAAGAGGAGCCAGCUUUAGGAGUGCAAGCCAAACGGCAUUUACUAAGGCGUACUCGCAGUUUGAAUGCCCCUUCGCCUGUCCAGCAAUUCGGACCAUGUGGCCGCAUAAUGAAAAACUCUGCAAUGGUGAUGCAGAUUCAGGAUCCGGCCAGCCAGCGUCUUACCUGGUACAAGCCACCUCUAACUGUUCUGGUGAUCAAGAAGGUCAGCGAUGCCUCGGUGCUGGCGCCGUUUGUCCAACUGGUGGAUUGGCUGCUGCAGGAUAAGCACAUGGUGGUCUGGGUGGAGUCAGCGGUGUUGGAGGAUGCACAGCUCAACGAAAAUGUUCAGUUCAAGGCCAUUCGUGAUAAGCUUGUCACUUUUAAAGAUGGCCGCGAUGACCUCACCGAUCGUAUAGACUUCAUAGUCUGUCUUGGAGGCGAUGGCACACUUCUGUAUGCCUCCCUGCUUUUCCAGCAAUCUGUACCUCCAGUCAUGGCCUUCCAUUUGGGCUCAUUGGGUUUCCUGACACCCUUCCGUUUCGACAACUUUCAGGAGCAGCUCACAAGUGUCCUGGAGGGACACGCAGCACUAACUCUUCGCAGUCGUCUACGCUGUGUGAUGCAUCGCAGGAGCGAUAGAAAGCAUGAGGAAAAGACUCAGGAGGUAGAUCCCGAUGGAGCGGGCAUCGCGGCACCUGCGGCCAACAGCAUUCUGGUGCUUAACGAAGUGGUGAUUGAUCGGGGUCCCUCGCCGUAUCUCAGCAAUAUUGACUUGUUCCUGGACGGCAAGUACAUAACGUCGGUGCAGGGUGAUGGGCUGAUUGUGUCGACGCCUACGGGAAGCACGGCUUACGCAGCCGCAGCCGGUGCCUCCAUGAUUCAUCCCUCCGUGCCGGCCAUUAUGGUGACUCCCAUUUGCCCGCAUUCGCUGAGCUUCCGACCCAUUGUGGUGCCAGCAGGAGUGGAGCUGAAGAUAUCAGUUUCCCCUGAGAGCCGCAACACAUCGUGGGUCAGCUUCGAUGGGCGGAAUAGGCAGGAGCUCUUCCACGGUGACAGCCUCCGCGUGACCACCUCCAUAUAUCCCGUGCCCUGCAUAUGUGCUCAGGAUCAAAUAUCCGAUUGGUUCGCCUCUCUCGCCGAUGGACUUCACUGGAAUGUGCGUAAGCGGCAGAAGUGCCUCGACGAACUGUCGGACCUCACUGCUUCCGGAUCUGAGGACACGCUGGACGAGAUCGAGAAUAUGAAAUUGUAUGAUGUAUAGUGCGUAAGUCCUACUUGCUAAUCGUAACCUUAGGUUAGGGCUGUUAGUUGUAGUCCUAGUUUUUUCACUUUAUUUAGUGUGUAAUUUUUGAGUAUUUUGAAAGAAUAUGUUUUGAAAAAAUUGAAAAGGCUAAAUGUUAAAAAAGUUGUAUAGUUUUUACUCCUUGUAAUCAUCAUCCUUUCAAGAAGAGUAUAGGUUAUAAAGCAAUACUAAAAUAUUGAACAUUUCUGCUAGAUAAAAAUAAAUACAGUUAGUAAAACCCAAUUACUGGCCUAUGCAAAACUAUAAUCUGUAAA